UGAUUAGAUUGAAUUUGGUACUGAAAAUAAAAACCGUUGAGCCAAUUUUUUGAUUUUAUGAUUGAAAAAAUAAACACAAUAUAUAAAGCUGGCGACAGGCGAAUUCAUCGAUUUUCUUCCAUCGAUUAUAUUUGUAUCACAAAAUUGUGGAUACGUAUACUUUUAUUUUGAAAUUGAAUGAUUUAUAUUGAAAAAUCAGUAAAUUGGUAAUUGUAUACAAUAUAGAAUUGAACUCAAUUAUGAAUAUUAGAAUACUCUACAAUACAAAUAAUGAAUGUGAUAUUUGAUCAACAAUUGUAUAUAAACCGAAAAAAAUUGAAUUGAAUGAAAUAAAAUUUUAAUGUAGUCUGAAAUGAUUGUUGCUCAUUCAUGAUUGCCAUAGAUAUAUGAUACAAGGCAAAUAGUUUGACAAGGUAAUGAAGAUAACCUGAUGAAGCAGGUUUUUUUUUAUGGAGCGUUCAUAGCCGAAUCAAGUUUUUUGUUGUUGUCGUCGUAGUUGUCGAAAUUCAUUGGUUGUGAAUCAUCCAAGUUGUUUCAGAGGAGUUUUUUUGUUGUUGUGAUCCGUACUCGUAGGCGAAGCAAUCGAAUUGUGUGUCUUGAAACAAGAAACCACGCAACGCGCGCUUUAUUGCAGAUAAGUUGACACAAGCUAUUCAGCUUCGAAAAGAGAAAUUUUGUUCGUUCGUCGAACGUCGUCAAAGAAACAAACAUACCAAAGUGGUCAUAGCCUUUGUUAUACUGGUCUUUGAAUACGUGCAUUAUACGAUCAUAAAAUUGUUGUAAUCAUUGUUAUUAGUUAAAAGUGUACAAACAACCAUUCAGAUUUUCCUGUUUGAUUGUCAAAACUAUGGACAUCGAUGUCACUUGAAUCAUUUUAAUGAAAUUUAAUCCAUUUAGUGUGAUCACUCGUUUGUAUUUUUUUUCCUAUCUCCAUUAUAAUAAAUCAUCUUGUUUGUAAAUUUUCAUAUAUACAACAAAUGUAAAUGAGCUGCUUAAUUAUCAACAACUAUGGCUGAUUGUCAAAUAAAAUCUAUUUCGGAUCAACCGUCAAACAGUAAAGAUGUAACCAACAUUCCAGAAGGUCGUGUUGGUAAAGUUUGUAAAGAAUGGCUUAUCCUCGAAGAUGAGAAUCUUGCAUAUCAAUUACAAAAUAAAGAAAUUGAACAACAUUACAAUGAAAAUCGAACGAAAAAUCAAUUGGUCCGUAAAGACAUUCCAUUAGCCAAACAUUUACAGCAGCAUGAAAUUCUGGAAGCUCAACGAAAAUAUAAACAUUUUCUUCAGGAACAAAUUGAUCACGAUGAAAAGAUGGCUCGAAAAAUCGAACAUCGAUUAUUAAUGGAAGAGGAAGAAGCAAAAAAGGCAGCCGAAGAAGCUGAUGCUAAAUUGGCUAAAAAAUUAAUGGAAAAAGAAAAGGCUAAACAAGUUCGAAAAAGAAUCGAAAAGGAAAAGCAACAAGUAGAACGAUUAUCAGCGCAAAUCGGUACAGAUUUUCGUUCACUAGAAAAGGAAAAUCCUCAUGAACAACAAGCGAAUAUCAACCAAAAAACAUUAGAUCGAUAUGCUCGAUCGAAAAAUCACCGAAUCAUGACUGAAGAUGAACAAGAAUUAGAUCUUUCAGAAUUCUGUAUGCCUCCACCACCUGGCCUCAAUCCAGAAGAGCUCAAACUUUUUCUAGAAGAACAAGAUGCUGAAAUUGCUCAAUUACUUCAACACCAGGAAUUGAAACGAAGUCGAAAUCCAGAAAAAGAAAAAUUAGUAUUAAUUGAGCAGCAAGAUUUUGAAAUAGCUAAAAUGUUGCAAAAAAUGGAGAAAGAACGUUAUAAAAAAAUUAAGGAAAAACUCAGGAAUAAUCAACGUUUGAAUCAAUCAUGUGAUCAGAAUUCAAAUUUUCGUGUUGAUCUACGAAAAGAAGAUCGUAAUUACCAACGUACUUCCACACCAGUCACUUCAUUGGAGAGUACAUCGAUUGAAACAGGUAAAGUUGAAAAUGAUUAUGAUAUUCCGGAAAAUCAUCUUACAUCACCACAUGAUCAAACAUAUGAAGAACCAUACAAUGUAAUGAGUGAAUUUUCGGAAACAACAUUAGCUCAAAGCUUUCAUAAUAUUGCUAUUGAUUUGGAUCCAACUUAUAAACGUCGCCUUAAACAAUCACAAAGUUCCUCGUCACAAGGGAACCUUACAGAGUCUUGCGUGGACGAUGAUGAUAAUGAUGACAGGGUUGAAUUCGUAAAUAAAACUGGAUCACCAACUUUUCAACCUACACAUCGAUCAUAUCGAGAUUCUUUGGAAAAACUACAUUCAACAUCUAGAAUGACUAGUGGAUAUAUUCGAAAUACCCCAUCUACAUGUACAUCAUCAUCUCGAUCAUCAAAUGCUAGCUCUGAGAAUCGAAAUUUAUAUAAUCAACAACAACAAAAAUCCGACGAUUAUGCUCCACCACUGCCUCCCCGUGAUAUGUCGCUGAUACAUAAUUAUAAACCCACAACAACAAAUGUUGAUCCAGAUCAUCAGAUCUGGAAAGAAUCCAUCCGAAGUAGAACAUCGAAUAAUUUAUUACCACCACAUCAUCCACAGCACCCUAAUCGCCAAUACAAUGAUUCAUUAGGCAUUCAUCCAUUGACAGCCAAUGACCAAUCAUCGACAAAUAAUGCUCCUGUUCAAGGACAAUGGCGUAUGCCAUCAUUAGAUAAGCCGCAGAGAAAAAUGAACAAACAAGAUGGCUGCAAGACACAGUGAUUUUCCUUAUUGAUUAUUAAUUAAUUGUUUUUUGAUUGUUAUCACUUUUUUCGAAUAAAUUUUUUGAUUGAUU